UCCCUGGAAGACAGAGGAGGUUCUACAGAUGGAGGCCACAAAGGAUGCUAUGUCAGACCUGGAGAGCAGCAUGAUCACUAUUAUCCAAACUUUCCACCAAUACUCGGGUCAGAAGUGCAAUCUGAAGAAAGCAGACCUUAAAGAACUUAUCAACAAUGAGCUGAAUAAUUUCAUAGUGAAAAUCAAGGAGAAGGACACACUGGAUAAACUCUUCGCUGACCUCGACCAGAACGGAGAUUUGGAGAUCGACUUCAAAGAGUUCAUUGCCCUCAUCGCCAUGGUCACCUCUGCUUGCAAUGAACUGUUUAUUCCAAAGCAACAGAAAUAG